AAAUAAAAUAUCAACAGUUGUCUUCUUCUCCUCUCACAUCCUCGGCAUCGGAGAGUCAAACCACAGAAGCGGACACAGAGACAGUUAGUUGGGCUCGGUUGGUUCCGCAGCACCAGGUCCAGGACCAGAACAGGCGCCAUGGCCGUCGCUAUUACCCUUCUUCCCCUCAUUGUCAUCCCCUCCCGAUAAGCUCUGACUCUCGAGCGAGGACGAUUCAGAGAACCUCCACGUCCACAAGCCUUUGCUUGGGGAAGAAAGAAGAAAGCAACUUGAAAAAAAAAGGGGCGGUCGCUCCGAUUUCGUCGAUUCUUUCUUGGCUUUUCCUUUUUCUGCUUCAUUUCUUGCAGCUUUUCUUCUCCCGAGGUGUGAACUCUUCCUCUCUCUCCCCUCUGGUUUUGGCUUUUGGGACUUUGGAAACGGCGCUCAGAUUCAGAAGUUCGCUGUUCAAGGAAGACGUCGAAGCUCCGGACUAGUCAAACCUCUCUAUUAAGAUGGGCUCGUAAUUAGUUGCUGGAAUGUUGUGGAGGUUGAGCAAUUCCAUUUCGUGCUGGUUGCGACUGACGUUCUGCUUAGGUUAGAAGACAUUAUACUAAGCUCAAGUUGUUAGUUGGUUGAGUGUGGAGGCUCUCGAAGGAUUGUUCUAUCCCUUCAGUAAAGUCAACUAAACUUCUGCCACCUGAAUCUAAGACUAUAGAACGUUCUGGGCACAAGAUAGAUUAGAGUACCUAAUCAUCCUGAAUCUUGAACAAGCUAGCCAUGCAUUGAGUGAAUACGAUAUUUAUUGCCUAUACAAGUACGAAUGGAGACUAAAGAGGCAGAGAGAACAGUGAUCGCAAAACCAGUUGCGUCGCGGCCUACGUUUUCCACUUUUAGGUCUUUCUCAGAGCUCCUUGCAGGUGCAAUCAAUGAUUCAACCCCUAAAAUAGGUUCUGAAAGUGGUGUUGCCCCAAUUAAACCCAAGACAGUGAGGUUCAAGCCCACAGUGAAUCGCACUUCAGCUGCCAUAUUCUCAUCCCAGGCUGAAAUCUCUGGCACAGCAAUCUGCGAUUCAGUGGAUACCCUUUUGUAUUCGGACAGUCAGCGGACUGUAGUAUAUAAACCUUUGGCAAAGCCGGUCUCAAAAGCUGCUGCUUCACUCUUGGCUAAUAUAGGGAACUUCAAUGCUACUCAACCAGUGAUACAACCAUCUGAAAAUCCGACCCCAGAAAAACGCCAUGUGAAAUCAAAAAGGAGCUCAAAUCCUCGUCAAAUUACACCACGUGUGGCAGAGACCAAACAGACGAGUGAACCCUUGAAAUUGGCAGCUCAGGACGUUGAGGAAGACCCAAAAGCUUUACCAUCCACAGCUAGUGUGGAUCGUCCUUCCUAUGAUGGGUAUAACUGGCGGAAAUAUGGACAAAAGCAGGUAAAGGGGAGUGAGUACCCACGAAGUUACUACAAGUGCACCCACCCAAACUGUCCGGUGAAGAAGAAGGUUGAGCGAUCACUUGAUGGACAGAUAGCAGAAAUAGUCUACAAGGGUGAGCACAACCAUUCGAAGCCUCAGCCUCCUAAACGCAGUUCAUCAGGGAUGCAAGGGCCUGGGACCAUACCUGAUGGAACAGAACAAGACAAAGCCAACCCAUUAUGGAGUAGCCAACUAGGCGAAAAGAAUGAAGGUUCUAUAGGUAGAGUAGAAAAUCAGACUGAGGUAGGAUUAGCUGCAAAUACGUCUUAUCAGGGCAAGGGCCUGAUAGUUCACGACCCAGCUGCUGCAAAUGAGGCAUUUGGUCCUUCUGGUGGGACUCCUGACAGUUCGUGUAAUAUUAGCGGGGCAGAGGAUGGAAGCAAGGGAAAGGAACUGGGUAAUGAUGAACGAAGGAGUAAGAGAAGGAGAACUGAGAGUGGACCCAGUGAAGCCGGCAUCGUCACCGAAGGGGUACAAGAGCCCUGCACUGAUCGGCAAAAUUCAGCCGAGCCUGAGAUUCUGGGUGAUGGCUUUCGCUGGAGGAAAUAUGGCCAGAAGGUUGUCAAGGGAAACUGUCAUCCCAGGAGUUACUAUAGAUGCACGAGUGUCAAGUGCAGCGUGCGUAAGUACGUCGAAAGAGCAAUGGAUGAUCCCAAAUCCUUCAUAACAACAUAUGAAGGGAAGCAUAACCAUGAAAUGCCCGUCAAGAGCUCAAAUCCAGCUGAUCACCAGGCCAACAAAUAAGCCAAGGCAAAGGCUCGACGUUUCGACGCGUGAUUUGCCUGCCUUCUCGCCGAUCUGACCGGAAAUCGACGCAUUCAAGACCGUAUGACCUCCAUUUUGUCUAGUCAUUAAAGAACACGAUAUUUCACAGGUAAUUUCCAUCACCUCAUGGGAGCCACGCUGCUGCCAUCAGACAGGGUUAGCUGUUCCCCUUUUCAGUGUGAUCGACGGACUAGGGACACUGAUUGUAGUAACAUGUGCACUCGCAACUUCUUUGAAGUUUAGGUGAAAUUUUGUCUGCUGCCAGAUAGCACAGAAAAUUCAUUCG